AUGAAAGCAGGAUACCUCAAGAACAGGCUGCUUACUUUCAACUCAAUCAGAGGGCUCUCAACUUCAUUCAAUAAUUCGUCCAUAUUCAAGACUGCCGCAUAUGUAAAUGGAGAAUGGAAAAACUUUGAGAAUACAUAUCCGUUGACAAAUCCAUCAAAUCAAGAAGAAAUAUCCAAAGUAGUGGAUUGUGGUGUUGGGGAUUAUAACGAGGCAAUAAAGUAUGCACACGAGGCUUUUAAGAGCUUUCGCUAUUCUUCUCCACAGCAGAGAUCUCAAAUACUGUACAACGUGUAUGAUUUGAUGCAGGAGCAUAAAGCCGACUUAGCGAAAUUAAUUACCCUGGAGAACGGUAAAACACUCAACGACUCGCUAAGUGAAGUUGAAUAUUCGGCAAGUUAUUUUAAAUGGUUCGCUGAAGAGGCCCCACGCAUUUACGGGAAUAUAAUUCCAAGUUCUAGUUCGAAUAAUAAAAAGAUCUUAACUUUACGGCAACCACUCGGCGUGGUAGCAAUUCUAACGCCUUGGAAUUUUCCAAGUGCUAUGAUUGCUAGAAAACUUGCGCCAGUAAUUGCAACGGGGAACACUUGUGUAAUUAAACCCGCGCACGAAACUCCGCUAAGCGCACUCGCAUUAGGUUGGCUUUGUGAACAGGCAGGGUUGGACGUGGGUGCCUGUAAUAUUCUCCCCACAACUCACACGAAAGCUGUCGGCGAAUAUGUGUGUUCUCAUGACUUAGUUCGUAAGAUUACAUUUACGGGGUCUACAAAGGUCGGCAAAGAAUUAAUGAGACAGUGUGCACAAAGUAGUUCUGUGAUCAAGAGAGUAUCAAUGGAGCUGGGUGGUAAUGCACCCUUCAUCAUUUUCGAGGAUGCUGAUAUAUCGAGAGCACUUGAUGGGCUUAUUAGCUGUAAGUUCAGACAGUCAGGCCAAACGUGCAUUUGUGCCAACAGAAUCUUCAUCCAUGAAUCUAUUUAUGAUGAAUUUGCUACAAAACUUGUAGAGCGCAUUGAGAACACAUUCCAUUUAGGCGAUGGUUUCGAUCCGAAAGUCACUCAUGGGCCUUUGAUUCAUCAGCAAGCAAUUGAAAAAGUCUCUUCAUUAGUAGAAGAUGCAAAAAAUAAGGGUGCAAGAGUGCUCACUGGCGGAACGCGUGCUAAUAGCCUGGGUCAACUAUUUUACCAUCCAACUGUCCUAGGGAAUGUGAAUGAAACGAUGGAAAUAUUCAAUAAAGAGGUAUUUGGCCCUGUCGCGUCUUUGAUAAAAUUCAAAACAGUUGAUGAAGUAAUCGAGCGCGCUAACUCUACUGACGUUGGUCUUGCAGGAUAUUUUUAUAGCUCAGAUGUGGGAAAGAUAUUUGAAGUUGCAGAAAGACUUGAAGUUGGCAUGGUGGGUGUUAAUAACAGCUCCAUAAGCGAUGCUGCAAUGCCAUUUGGAGGUGUUAAAAAUUCUGGUCUGGGGAGAGAAGGAUCGUCAUUUGGGAUUGAAGACUACACAGAAUUGAAAUCCAUUGUGUUGGAACCAUAA